AGAAGGAGAAAUCUAUAAAAAAAAAAAAAGAAAGUGAAAUGUAAAGGAAACGUUUAUUGAAAUCAAGCUUUACUCACUCUUAACCAUACCAGUUACCAAUGAAAAUCAAAAACGCGUUUCACAUUUAACGGAGAACAAUUUUUUCAUCAUUAAAAUUAAUAAAUAAAAAAUUAAAAAUUGAAAGCUCUCCUCGCUCCAACAAAGAAAAAAAAAAAAGAAACAAUUAUCAUUAUGAGAGAAGAUGAUAUUGAAUUUGCGAUUAAAGUGGUCAUUGUGGGCAAUGGCGGCGUGGGUAAAUCAUCGAUGAUACAACGUUAUUGUAAAGGCAUUUUCACCAAAGAUUAUAAAAAGACAAUUGGUGUCGAUUUUUUGGAACGACAAAUUGAAAUUGAUGGCGAAGAUGUACGCAUUAUGCUAUGGGAUACGGCCGGUCAAGAGGAAUUUGACGCGAUAACCAAAGCUUAUUAUCGUGGAGCGCAAGCUUGCGUUUUAACAUUUUCAACAACAGAUCGUGCCUCAUUCGAGGCCAUAAGCGAUUGGAAACGUAAAGUUGAGAAUGAAUGUCAAGAUAUACCCACAGUAAUAGUGCAAAAUAAAAUCGAUUUAGUCGAUCAGGCAAUUGUAACGGCCGAUGAAGUUGAAACACUUACAAAGCAACUUAAUUGUAAAUUGAUACGCACAUCGGUUAAGGAAGAUGUUAAUGUCGCAUCAGUUUUUCGUUAUUUAGCUACGAAAUGUCAUCAAUUAAGUCAAGCAUCCUAUAAUGAGCACAUGAGCAGCAAUAACAUUCAUGAUCCAUCGUCGGGUUUAAGCAAUGGCGUGCAUUCAUCAUCACACGAUAGUCACACCAAAACCAUUAGUGCAUUCAGUCCUACUUAUACAAAAUCUAAAUCAACCAAUAACAGUACUAUUGUUUUAAAAAAAAAUUCAGCACGCAAGCGUAAAAUUAUUUUGAAAAAAUGUGGCAUCGUAUAGACAAUCACAUAUUUAUAGUUACAGCAAAUACGGGCUCCAAAAACUUCAAUUACGUUUUCAAUUAAUUGAUUAUUCCUUUAUACAUUAUAAUCAUUAGCAGUUUCUUUUUUCUUUCUUUUUUUUUUGCAAAAUUAUUGGAGCAUAUCUUCAAAUAGUCCAAUUUUUUU